CUGGGCUGGGGAGGCUUGGCCACCUCUGUCCUUCCGCUCUGAAGGAAAGACUGCAGCUCAAGAGAAAAGACUCGGGAGGAAUAAUCAGGAGAGGGCUGAGGAGUGGAGUGUCCCAAGAGGGCUGUAACAACGAGGCAGCCUCCGCCCCUAAACCGGGGCGCACUGCCGCCUCGGUAGCUGUCAUGGCCACCCGGGUCAGGUGACUCCAGCUCGGCGCAGGCCUAGUUUCCCGUCGCUCUAGUUCGGCAGCUCUGGUUCUCCAGAUUCCUACCCUCGCUUUCUCGCGGAUUCGGACAUUGCCUUUCUUUCCUCAGGAGAACUGCUGUACAGACGCCCAGAAAUCCUCUGUCCAACCGAAGUCCCGUACUAUGCUACUAAAAGUGCAGUCGGGGGACCAGCAGCAUCGGUGUCUCAGGUCCUGCUCCAUACUGUUGAAUUAGAAUCUGCAUUUUAACAAGACACCCUCCCCCCAGGCAACGUCUGGAAAAGAUGACGCAUUGGUUUCAUAGGAACCCAUUAAAAGCCACAGCUCCUGUCCCUUUUAACUAUUAUGGUGUAGCCACUGGCCCUGCUGCUUCAAAAAUUUGCAGUGACUUGAGAUCAUGCAGAGCACAACUGCUUGAACUGUUCACUGAUUUGAGUUGUUAUCCAGAAAUGAUGAUGAAAGCAGCAGAUUCAUAUUUUUCACUCUUACAAGGUUUCAUAAAUUCAUUGGAUGAAUCUACCCAAGAAAGCAAGUUACGAUAUAUUCAGAAUUUCAAGUGGACUGAUACAUUACAAGGACAGGUUCCUAGUGCCCAGCAGGAUGCUGUUUUUGAGUUAAUUUCCAUGGGAUUUAAUGUAGCCUUGUGGUACACCAAAUAUGCUUCAAGACUGGCUGGAAAAGAAAACAUAACAGAAGAUGAAGCAAAAGAAGUCCAUCGCAGCCUAAAAAUUGCAGCUGGGAUUUUUAAACAUUUAAAGGAAAGUCAUAUCCCAAAGCUUAUUACACCUGCAGAAAAGGGGAGAGAUUUAGAGGCACGACUCAUAGAAGCUUAUAUUAUCCAGUGUCAGGCUGAAGCUCAAGAAGUAACAAUUGCUCGAGCAAUUGAACUGAAACACGCUCCUGGGCUAAUUGCUGCACUGGCAUAUGAAACAGCCAAUUUCUAUCAAAAAGCAGAUCAUACUUUAUCCAGUUUGGAGCCUGCAUACUCUGCUAAAUGGAGAAAAUAUCUUCACUUGAAAAUGUGUUUCUACACAGCUUAUGCUUACUGUUAUCAUGGUCAGACUUUGUUGGCUAGUGAUAAAUGUGGUGAAGCAAUUCGGUCUCUCCAAGAAGCUGAAAAAUUUUAUGCAAAGGCCGAAGCAUUAUGCAAAGAAUAUGGAGAAACCAAAGGACCUGGACCAACGGUCAAACCUUCAGGACACCUAUUCUUUAGAAAGCUUGGAAAUCUUGUAAAGAAUACCAUGGAAAAAUGUGAGAGAGAAAAUGGAUUUAUUUACUUUCAAAAAAUUCCAACAGAAGCCCCACAGCUGGAACUCAAAGCAAAUUAUGGUCUUGUAGAACCUGUACCUUUUGAAUUUCCGCCUACAAGUACUCACUGGACACCAGAAACAUUGGCUGCAUUUGAUCUCACCAAAAGACCCAAGGACGACAGUACCAAACCCAAACCAGAAGAAGUGGUGAAACCUGUGAAAGAACCAGACAUCAAACCUCAAAAGGACACCGGGUGCCACAUCUCCUAAAAUACACUGACGCACUGUGCAUUUUGACUUCCUCUGCUGGCAGAUAAGAGAAAUCAUGGAACUUCGUAUUUCUUAAAGUGAUUUCUCUGAAACUUAUAGAUAAUUUAAUACAGAGUAUAACUGAAUAAACUACUUCAGUUUAUUUGCUCUUGAUUUUUAAUAUAGUGGGGAUGUUUCGUGUUUUGUUCUAGACUCCUUUUUAAUCAGGACAACGUGUGAAAGAUUUUAUUGUGCCUCUGAAGGGCGUAUUUGGGGGCUGGGUUGUUUUUUUUUUUUUUCCCUAAACUCUGGGUAGUAAUAAAUUCCAGGUUAAUAUAGGGCCAGAAUCAUGUGGUUUCAGGUAUGUUUUAAUGUCUUCACAAAAAAGUUGAUUUUCCUUCCUCUUCCUUGAUACCAGAAGAAUGAUGGGUCAGUUUUUCAUGCUUUUCUUCCCUCUCUCCUAAGGAAUUGCAGCACAGGCUUGUUAUGUUGCAAGUUCGUUGUUUUCUGGUGGGAAAAAAAGUCACACUUAAAGAUCAGAAAUCUUAAUACAAAAUCCUUUAUAUUUAUUAGAACUUACAAUUUACUCAAAAAUCAGUGUUUAUAGGUAUGUUGGGACCUUAACUCCUAUUCUGGUAGCCCUGCAAUUCCUUUCAGUCCCUUUAAACCUGUGGUGAUUUUUACAGGUACCUUUUCUAAUGAAUUUUUUUACUUAGAGGACAAAACUUUGUAACAGCUGUUAGCAUUUCUAUAUGAGAUAAGACAAGAAUGAAAAUGUUUUUGCAAAAGUCAAAUACUGCAUGAAAUAAAUUUUAACCUAAACAAGAUAGGUUGUCUUGAAUUACACUGGUAACUCUCUCCUUCUUUGUUACACAAGUUACAAAAUGUCUGAUCUCAGUAUACUUUUGUUUUUAAAUGUUUUCUAAUACACAUAUCCUGUCAAAAUUGUAUUGCUUUAGGCCAAAGGCCAUAGAAAAACUCAGCCAGCAGAUACAGUAUGAUCUUAAAAAUAGCUUGUAAUACUUACUUUAGUAUAUACACAAAGUUGGGAAAUAGUGGACACAUUAUACUAUAACAACAGUCACAUCUGUAGGUUUAUCUUUUGAUUAUUCUCUUAGGGAGUUAGCUAGUUUCCCUAUUAUAAAUGACAGAUUAAUUGACAUAAUAGGAAUAAUAGUAAUAGUAUAUAUUGAAAGUGUGCCAGGCACUGUACUGAGCACUUCAGCCAUUGAAUCCACACAGCAACUCUGUGGAAAGUAAUUAAAAUCUGUGUAAAGUGCUGAAAUAGAAAUAAACAUUUCAUUAUGAAUUAAAAGUAGAUCAUGCCUACCUGAAUAUUGUGCUCAAGUAAAUGCUUAAAUUAUAGUUUAUACUCCUGAAAAAAGCUGCAUAGAAUCUGAGUUUUUUAAUACAUGGAAAUGCUAAUUACUCCUUGCUGUGUGUAACACUUAAUAUUUCAAGCUGCAGUUUCCAGAAUAAGUGGAGUAACAACAGAUACUUAAUUUUAUUUGGCUGACCGUACAAAAAUUAUUUUAAUUAAAUUUCACUGUAUUAUGUGUACUACUUAGUACAAAAUCACUUGCUCUAAACAGUACUUGAUACCAGGGUAUUAGUCUCGGCAUACAGGACCUAUUUAUCUUAUAUAAUAGUACUUAUUAACUGGGUUACUAAAUUUUCACAUUAACAUUUCUGUGGCUCACACCUACUACAUAUGGAAUGAAAUGUUAUAUGCUCAGUGCUUCUGUAAAAUGCAGUGAAUACUGGCAUUACUUUCAAUCAGUACUUGGUGGCUUUGACAUAAACAGGUAAUAUAUUCAGUUGACUCAGUAAAGAUGACACUUUGUAACUCAAGUAUUCCAUUAUUUAUCAUAUUCUUUGAAGUAGUACUGAGAAUUUGGGGGAGUUAAAUGUAAAGAAGUGGCAUGAGGGUUAUGAAGAGACUAACUAUUUAACUGUUGCAUACAUUUCAUACUUAGUUUAAACUGGGUAUUGACAGCUACCAUUCUGCAAAAGGUGUUGUUUGUAUAACGAAUCAUCUUUUUAUUUAUGAAAAUAAAAGUAAUUUUACUUAUGA